CCAAUAGGCAUCAUGCGAGGGUUUGCCGAUCAAGGUCGCGGUAAUGGCUUCCUAGGCAAGACUUACUUUGUUUAUGCCGCCGUAGGGACUCCAGCAGCAGCGUUUAGCGGGCUCAGUGUACGUUAUAUUACAGUUCUGCACGUGUGCGAAGAAAACUCGGACGCUGACACCUUCGUGAGCCGAGAGUUUCCCGCCGACGGGACUGAGUUGUAUGGCUGAAUGAGGCCAUCGCCUGUGGUACCGUAGAAGGAUGAACUCCAUCGCCGGUCGGGAUCUCGCAGUAUCCGCUGGAGCUGUCAGCAGCAACCCCGGAGCAGCGUCCUCCAGAGUCCUGCAUGUGGAGCUCACAUCGCAGCAGAGGCGUUUACGUCACUUGCGGAGCAUAGCAGCCCGUAACAUUGUGAACAAGAAUGGCUCUCCUCUGCUUGACACUUACUUCACCCUUCACCUCUGCCAGGAAGAUCGGAUAUCACGAGACUUUUAUAAGAGUGAAAUCAUCCGGGACUCAUUGAACCCAACAUGGCGGAGCUUAGAUUUCGCAAUGCUUCCGGAUCUCUUAGACACAUCUGUGUCCUGUUUUGUGGUGAGAAUAUGGGGUGGGAGGGAAGAACAGUACCAACUGCUUAUUGAGUGGAAGGUCAACCUAGAUGGGCUCAGAUACACAGGACAACAGAUUCGCUCCAGAAAUCCAAAUGAGAUCAUAUUUGGACUGAACGAUGGCUACUAUGCAGCUGAGUUUGAUCAGAAGGAAAGUUCUGACAGGAAGAAGAACAGUUUGCUUCAGGUGGACCAGAGCUCCGUCAGAAACUCCUACAGUGUUUUCUCUUUACUGAGACUGCACACGGCCCAGAGAGCCAUUAAACAGACUCAGGUGACCGUUCAGAAGAUCGGGAAGGAAAUUGAAGAGAAACUGAGGACAACGGCGUCCUGCACAGAAAAGAAAAAAGAGAGAGAGUGUAUGCAGCUUCGUAUCGGGAUUCUGAGGUGCGAGUUGGAGAGACAGAGAAAGGCGUUGGCGAGAGAAAUGGACAUGAUGCAGAAAGAGAGAGUGCAGCUUGUAAAGAAAGAGGAGGCGUCAUCUACCAAGCAUCAGGGCCUGGAGUCUGAGCGCAAGUCUUUAACGGAGUUACAGAAGGAAUGCACUGCCAAAAGAGAGCUGUUUCUGAAAUCCAACGCCCAGCUCACCUUCCGCUGUCGUCAGCUUAUAUCAGAGCUGUCCUACAUUUAUCCCAUUGAUGUGAACAAUCAGAAUGAUUAUGUGAUAUGCGGUGUCAAACUGCCCAAUUCUGAAGACUUUCAAGCAAGGGAUGAUGGGAGUGUUGCGGUGGCUCUGGGUUAUACGUCACACCUGGUGCUGAUGAUAUCGAACUUCCUGCAGGUUCCGCUCAGGUAUCCAGUCAUCCACAAGGGUUCCCGCUCCUCCAUCAAAGACACCAUCACUGACAAACUCUCAGAGAAGGAGAGAGAGUUCCCUCUUUACCCCAGAGGAGAGCGUUUCCAGUUUGAAUACGGUGUCUACUUGCUCAACAAAAACAUCGCCCAGUUGCGGUAUCAGCAUGGGCUCUCCACCCCAGAUCUGCGUCAGACUUUACCCAACCUGAAGAACUUCUUAGAGCAUGGGCUACUUGUACGAUGAGUGGCAGGAAGUAAAGGAGGAAGUGGAAGUCCGGCAAACCGGCGGUUGCACUGCAUGGCUAAAUGGACCCGGAGGGCGGUCGUGUUGACUCGACGGUACACUUAGAACCGUGAAAGAGCAGUUUCCGCCUCCCCCGGGGAGAGAGGGACCGUAUACACAAACACAAAACUGUAGAACAUUCCUUUCAACCUCUUCCUCAUACAGCGCCACAGCCGUAAACGAUAACUUACAGCACCCUCCUAGAGUCAAGUUACUGUACAUAGAGUGGGCGUCUUCUAGCAUUAAUAGGAGGUCUAGACUCGUUCUCCAGAGCAGGAAGCAACUCUCUGGAUCCAGAGCUGAAAUGUGAAAUAUAGAGUAAAUGGAUUCUUUUAUUUUCCGUUUGUUGCAGACUGCUUUUAUUACUCUUGCAUUCACUUCCUCUCCUACACUCCCUCCUCUCUUAGUUUAGAUAAUGUUUCCAGGGCAGAGGCCAGAGAUGUGAAUUAUCGGCGCAUAAAAAUCUGCAUUAGGGCAGCUGCAGGAGUUCCUUAGAGGGGAAAAGAAGGGACGGGAAAACCAGAGAAAGCACAUGAAGAAGUGGUAACGCUGCACAGGUGUACCAUGGAAACCUGUGCUGUCAUAGUGCAGAUCCAGUGGAGAGUAUGUUGGGAAAAUAUGGAGAUUUAUUUUGCCCUUCUUCUUUAAUCCCAACGGACGUUCAUAUUGAAAAGGGAGAUGGCAGAGUUUUCGAGACCGGCUUAAUGAAAUGGUUUGAUCUGUUCAAAUUUGUUUUAAGAGUUGACAGGGUCUGAACACACACAGCUUCGCCAUCUGCUUUGGGUGUUCAGGAGUUUUGCAUGUCUUACAACCAAAUUUCUGAACAGGGGUUAUUAAUGUUUGAUCGUUUAGCAGAACCGUUGGCUCAGACCGCUGGACUCAGCAUGUGUUUCAGCUCGAUUUACUGACUGGACGAUAAAGUAAAGAACUUUUUUCAUGGGAAAACUACCUGGUUCCAAGUUCUUUAGAAUUGUUUCAAGAAUACACGGAUUGAAUCGCCAAGUCAUUAUUUCCAUUACAUCAUUAUUGGUCAUCACAGAGACUACCAACCAUUUUUGGCAUAUUUAUUUGAUUGUAAGUUGUGUGAAAAAAAAAAAAAGGUUUGAAUUGUCUAUCUGGUUGUCAAUCCUUUAGUCUACUGGCCUUUUAAGAUCUUAUGUAGGAACUUAAUGCUGCCUUCCAAAUUGGAAAGCUGACAUUCCCAACUUUAUAUUUAGAAUUAAUUAGUUAAACUCUGUUUGAAGUUGGACUCAAUUUUUUUCAACUAGAAAUUUUAGAUAAUGAUUACAAGAAACAAAAUGCAUCAAAUACUCGAAGUUCCCACAAUCCCAGAACUUAGCAAAAUUUUGCAGAUAGAAUUUAAAACAUGUUAAAUAAUGCACUUUUGUUAGACGUGCAGUUUGGUUUUAAUAUUAACAAUAAUGAUUUGCUUUCUUUUACACCACCUUUAAAGCAAAAAUGGUUAGAAAUCUGAAAUAUAAAUAAGAAAUCCCAAACACAACUUGGAUAGAAAGCAGCAGUGCAACAUAUUGACUGAAUUGUACUUCUGUUUCUAUGAAUAUUGUGUUUGUUUGUUACAAAGCCCAUGCAGAAUCUGUGGAGCUGGCGUGUUGUGCGCUGAAUUUGCGGGGGGGUGGGGGAAAGUACUAUAGAACUUUUGUAAAUGACAGACGUUUCAAAUCUGUUAAGCUUUCAGUGGUUGUUGUGAUUAAAAUGUUAACAUGGCAGAGGCCUGUCGAACAAACUUAUUCUGCUUAUCUCACAUCUCUGAGCCUUUCACCAUCCUGUUGCUUUUUCCCAUUCAAACACUGAUCGGCAGUUAUAUUCAUUCUUCGCUGCCUUCAUCUGGAGCCAUAAUCACUCUCAUGCAUUCUGGCGGUUUCCUCUCCGCGUCAGUCCAGUUGGAGCAGGAACAGUCUGAGAUGCCAAAUGUGGAAGAAGAGCAAAAUCGUGAGAGAAAAAGUCACAGUUUAGAGCAGUGGAUGGAGUCUAAGAAGAAACAGAGAGUGAAGAUGGUGAAAGGCAGACAGGGGGGUGCAAGACAUGGUGCCGCUGUGUUAAUGAUGUGUCCUGCCGAGUUCAAACCGAAACAUUCUCUUAUUUAUGGCACAGGACUCUGGCAGCGUUUUAGAGGACCUGUAGCCCCACCGUGGAGCUCUUGAGAGCGGGUAAAGACUUGGAAGUGAAGGGACUGAUGAGACUCAACACCACAGGAUGGAAGCUCUAGGGUGGGGUUGGAAGUUCUAAAGAAUCCCUUGGAACACCUGGUGAAAGUGCAAAACCAGCAAACCAUAAAUCUUCAUUUUUAAUGUUUUUUAUUUAAGCAUUUCAAAUUUCCAAUUUUUUUCACUGACUUUAUUUAAAUCUAAACCCACCCAAGUUUAGCCUAUGGCCCUGGCACAGACUCCCAAGAUCCACCCAUCUACAGUAAAUUCUGUAACUUGCCACCAUAUUUGGAAAGAUUCAGGUGGAUUCUUUUCCAUCUCUUUGGAAACAUGAAUCAUCAGGCAACUAUUUUAUUGUACAUCUUUUCAACAAGCUUUUGCUAAUCCAGUAUAUAAAUGGCUGUCAAAUAGCUUGAAGGAAGGUCUGAUUAAUAACAAACAAUGUUUUUGGAUGUCCACCCAUAUAGUAAUCCUUUAAUCCUGGGUACACUUUGAUAUAAAGGUCCUUUCGAUGUUAAAGUACCUUCUCUUAUGCCAGUUCAAUGUGCUAAGACAACUGCAAGUGAGCCGUUCUUGGUUGGUUUCUUUAAAACCUGUAAACACAGAGAAACACAGGUGUCCCAAAUGCAGCAUAAAUUAUUUGCUAAGUACAUGCUGAAAUGCAUAUAUUUUAUACUGUAUGUACUGUAUUGAAUCAGAGCGAGAACCUUUUGGAACUGUCUGGGUAGAUUUGCACAGUGGGAUAAAGCUGUCUCUGUGGAUAACAUACUGAUAGGUGUUUGUACUCACAUCUGGUGGAACGUUCCUCUAAAAUUCCAUCAGCGUUCCUCAAAUGUUCCUUUAUUCUUGACACAGUCAUCCCAUCAAAAAAAAAAAAACGAUGGCGACUUUGGCCUUAUUUGCCACUUACCCUUAAGUGCCGGAAACAGUUCCAUGUGUGAUCAUUCUUCUCAUUGUACAUUUUUAUGAAGGUCGUAAGUGGGACGUAAACAGUUUGAGGCUUUGAAGCAUUAUUGCUGGUGCGUAUCCAGAACGGGAAUACAGGAAACAAUUUGUCAUCCCCAUAAACAAUGCAUUUUUAUGUCAAUAGGUAAAUUAGCACACAGGCAUUUUUGCGAACGCAGGCCAGCCCUUCGAUAAUCUGAAAAAGAUGCUUCUCUCAGUUUCUUGGAUCCAAAAACAACAGCGGAAAAUGUCAUAUUUCAUUUUCUUAGCCAUAUCCUCAAACGAACUAGGGAAUGCAUGCUCAGCUCACUUGCAGCAUAAAUGGUAUAACUUGCAAAUGUAAAUUCUAUUAAUCAAAAUUACUUUUUUUAUUUAUUUUUUUAAAUUUAUUAUGACAGGACAGAUCAGAACUGACAGGAAGCAAAGUGGAAGAGAGACAGAAGAUGAGAUCAGGAAAGGUCCUAAAGUUAGGAUUCGAAUUUGGGACGCCCGUAGCGCGCAAUUUAAUUUAUAAUAA